AUGCCGAGCCCCGCCGGAGGUGCCGGAGCCGCGGCCGCCAGGUCGCCGCUGCGCGCCUGGGCCGGGCGGUACGUGAGGGACGUGGCGACCCUCAGGGGCGGGGAGCGGCUGUCACCGCCGCGGCCGCCGCCCCCCUCGUCGGAGCCCGGCCCACCGCGCCGCUGGGCGGGACCCAGAGAGGGAGGCGGGACCGUGCGCGGGGUCCGCCCAUGGGCCGAAGUCCAGCCCCCCUCUGCGGGCGGGGAGCCGCGGGAGCUGGAACGCGACGGGUCCCCGCAGUCCCCGCCCCGCCCCGCCGCGCAGCUGGGAAGCCCGCAGGUGGCGGCGGCGCCGGGGCUGCUAAGCCGGGCUCGCCCUAUGGUGCGUCCCCUUCCCACGCUCUUUCGGAGCGAACCACACCUUCCUGCUCCCUGUACCUCCCCAGCCUGUGCCGAAAGCCUCAAGAACCGGGCCGCGCGCUCCGCUUUCCACAACGGUGUGCUGCUGCGAGUCCGAGUGCGAGCCAGAAACUCCACUGGGAGGCAAGCCCCACGUUUCACAGCUUCACAGUUGGCCUGUUCCAGCUUUUCCUCUUCUCCAAUUUCCUCAACUUAUGAUGGGGUUGGAUAUGAUCAAUCCAUGGCUUCCAUUUUGAAUGUUCUGGAUCUUAAUAAGGGACAAGUGCAGUUCCUCUGGCCGUUGAAGUCCAGUUUCUUGGCAAGUCUUUCCUAAAGGCCUUUCUAGCAUGGUAUCGGGGAACGCUAUCGUCGUACCUGGAGCGUUUAAAGAAUCCGCACUAAUCAAAGGAAGAGAGAAGCAGAAACAAAUUAAGGAUUGCAGGAAAAGCAAGUGCACAAAAUGGGAAUGUCUAAGCUUCCUGUUCAGCUACGCCUACCUCUGGACGAAGGGAAAAAAGACAUGGUUUCUUUUAAGAAGGAACGAGCAGGUUGAAAAGACAACAGCCAUUGGGGAUAAGCGGAAGAGAAGACAGCUGUAAAACUAGAAGGAAAGUCCGUUUUUUCCAUCUUGUCUUUACAUUUUAGAACAAUGUAGUAAGCUGCCUCUUUACUAACAAUUUCAGAGCUCUGGAACAGUGCUUCCAUUUUUUAUAAUCACAAUACUCUUAAACAGAUCUCAAUUUUAGAUUAGAUGUUAAAGAACAAUCUUUUUAAAGGCCAUGAACUAAA